UCUGUCAGAUAGAACGAUAUUAGUCAUACUUCUAAAUAAGAUUUCGAAAUUUGCUGCUGCCUUCUGAAGUUUUUUAAGUGUGAAAUAAAUACUACCUUUUCAAAAAUGUGUGCAAAAAUGGCAUUUCAACAUCAAGCUGGCACAGCCAUGGAAUGUUUGAGUAUUCCAAUAACACUUCACAAAGAAGUUGAAGGUGUAACAAUGCGCUGUGGAUUUAAAAUAGGAGGUGGCAUUGAUCAAGAUUUUCAUAAGAGCCCCCAAGGAUAUACAGAUAAUGGGAUCUAUGUAACGGAAGUUCACGAAUCAAGCCCUGCGUCAAAGAGUGGCCUUAGAGUGCAUGACAAAAUUUUGCAGUGCAAUGGUUAUGAUUUCACCAUGGUGACACAUAAAAAGGCUGUGAGCUAUAUAAAGAAACACCCAGUUCUUAAUUUGUUAGUAGCACGUAAAGGAGUCACAUCUACAUAAAAUUGGUCCAUCAUAAUAAUACACUAGUACUUAAUGUACUUUUAGCCAAAGUCAAAAAAUUUAAUUCAUUGUUAUGCCGCUUUACAUCUAGAAACUUGUACAUUAUGUUUCAUUAUAUUGCUUUAUGUAUGUGAAGAUGGGAACUAUAGUUUUAUCCAGUAAAAUCUAAGAGAACAAAAAUUCGGGUGUUCAAUCUCGAGUAUUCUGUUUCAUCAACUUGAAAGUAUUUAAAGUUGAUGAAAAAUUAUACUUGGUUUAAAUGAUUCCAUUUUUUGACACAAUUUUGAUUCGUGUUAUUUUCUUUAAUUAUUGUAAGGUUGAAAAUUUACAGUGGCAGUAUUAAUUUUUAUAAAUGUCAUAAUAUAUUGGUUUGAUAAGAUUUAGAUAUGUAAUUGUAUUCUUCUUAAUUCACCCUUUUUUGGAAGAAGCUAGUCACUAACUCUGAAGUUUCAGUUUGAAACGAAUCAUGAUGAAUAAGUUUAUGUGAAAACCAUGCAUUGCCAUCCAUAUUGCAUAAAUCUAGAUAGUUUUUCUUAAAUUUAACAAAAAAUCUAUUGGUUUGGCUCUUAUAUUCUCAUGUUCAAGUCUUCAUUUUUCUUUCAUCAGUCCAUUCCAAAUAAACCAAUAUCUUGUCUUUGUUGUGCAACCUAAUUUGAUGAGUGAAAGCUUUUCUGUAGGUGUUGAAUGUAGUUGAGUCGUAGAUUUAUGUAUAUGAAUAUUGUAUUUGAAUAGGUAGCAAUAAUUGGGUAGGUUUUGAGAUAAAGUGUAUCAAUCAGGUAGAUUUUGAGAUUGAAGUGAAAAUGAGCAUAUAGUUAAUAUACAGUAAGCUUUUCCUGUUUUUAUAUCAAUGUACAAACAAACCUAUCUGUACAAGUAUUUCAAUUCCAUUUUUUCAUCAUUCCACAAUUUAAAUUUUGUAUAUUUUAAGAAUAUGUAUAUAGAUAUAAAUGAAGUAAAGACUAUGUGAUAUUGCA